AUGGGUCUGAAAUCGCCGGACGAGAAAGAGAAAGCCCUGCCUUCGUUUCUUCUCCUCCUUGACGAUCAGUUAAGGAUUCCAGAAUUGUCGAUGCAAGUUUUCGCUCUUCUCUCUUCCCCAGUCGAGCCAAGCGCCGACGACGUACCUCCGAUUCACCACUAUCGCAUUAUUUGCCAUUCAUCCGUCUGUUCGAUGAAAUGCUUACAUGAAUUGGGAGUGCAUUUUGAGUAUAUCUCUCUCCCUUUGUUCAUAAUCGCAGAGAGGAUCGUGUUGUAUAUAAUUUCCCCAAUUUUCACGAAGUUCAGAGAAAUCAAUGGAAGACUCCCAGCCGGAUUUGAAGAUUUUCAGCGUUCGGAUAGUUCAAUUGAUUACUACAUGUCUCCUCCAAUUCCAGGCCUUGAUCUCUGUUACAGUAGCUUUCAAGGUGGGAAGGUGAAUGAGGUUCCUGUGAUUAGAGUAUAUGUGUCAACACCAGCUGGUCAUAAGACAUGUUUGCAUAUUCAUCCAGCUUUACCAUAUCUAUAUGUUCCUUGUUCGGAUAUAGUUCAUCAACCAGACCAUGAAGGUGAUGUGUGUGCGCUGAUGAUAUCUCUUGCUCUUGAAAGGGCACUGAAGGUAUUUUUUUUCCUGAAAAAUGUGUGUUUGCAGGAUCUCAUGUUAACUAUAGUGUCCCUUUCAGCCUGGUUACACAGAAUGCGGUUACUUGAUGGACUUGAAGUGUUGAAUAACAAUUUUUGGGGGAAGAAUGAAUAUACAGACGUCGAGCUUGAUAGGGUGCGUGAAGAAUGGGCUACUUAUGUCAUAAAUUUUAUUUACUAGUGAUAUGAAUUUGACAAUUACUUUUUGAUGAAUUUGGAGCGUAUUUUUGAAUGUGCGCCAUAGUUCGUGUAAGCCUUUUUAUAUAUGUAUGAUGUUUUAUUUUGCGUUAU